AUGCCAAAGAAACACGACGUCACUCACGACCACGGGUCCGGUGGCAGCCCUUUGAGCCAGCCAGCUCACUCACUGACUUAUGAGGCUGUCAUCAAGGAACUUGGCACUGAGCUGGAUGAAGGACUCUCUCCUGGCGAAGCUACCCGUCGCCUUGACCAAUAUGGUCCGAAUAAAUUGGACGAAGGGGAAGGAGUGUCGGUGGUUAAAAUUCUUGUUCGCCAGGUGGCUAACGCAAUGAUGCUAGUACUGAUUCUGGCCAUGGCUGUCAGUUUCGGAAUUCAGUCGUGGAUUGAGGGCGGAGUGAUCUGUGCUGUCAUUGUAUUGAAUAUCGUUGUUGGGUUCUUUCAAGAGUACGCUGCGGAGAAGACUAUGGAGUCGUUACAUUCACUGUCGUCGCCUACAGGCACUGUCUCGAGAGGUGGACACACGUUCUCGGUUCCGUCACAUCAGAUCGUGCCAGGUGACUUGGUCGAACUGAGGACUGGGGAUACCGUCCCAGCGGAUAUUCGCCUGGUUGAAGCAGUUAAUUUUGACACUGACGAAGCACUUCUGACCGGCGAGUCUCUCCCAGUACAGAAAGAAUGCGAUACAACAUUCAAAGAAGACACUGGCCCCGGAGACCGUCUCAACAUCGCUUAUAGCUCAAGUACGGUCACUCGUGGCCGUGCUCGAGGUGUUGUCGUCAGUACAGGCAUGUUCACGGAGAUUGGUUCUAUUGCCCUCGCGUUGCGGGCUAGCGAUAGCAAACGCCGUCCCGUCAAGCGUGAUCAAAACGGUGAGGCCAAGAAACGGUGGUAUCUGCAGGCUUGGACUCUUACCGGAACUGAUGCCGUGGGUCGAUUUCUUGGUGUCAAUGUCGGGACUCCCUUACAACGGAAACUGUCAAAACUUGCCUGCUUGCUUUUUGGAGUUGCCGUCCUUUUUGCCAUUGUAUGUAUGGCUGCAAAUAUGUUCAGCAGCAAUACCGAAGUCAUCAUGUAUGCUGUUGCCACCGGUAUCAGUAUGAUUCCGGCGUGUCUCGUGGUCGUGCUCACGAUCACUAUGGCUGUGGGUACCAAGCGCAUGGUCCAGCGAAACGUAAUUGUUCGCAAAUUAGACUCGUUGGAAGCACUUGGUGCCGUUACCGACAUCUGCUCCGAUAAGACUGGCACACUGACCCAGGGCAAAAUGGUGGUCAAAAAAGCAUGGAUUCCAUCUCGGGGGACAUACUCUGUUGGGACAUCUAACGAGCCAUUUAAUCCUACUAUUGGAGAUAUCACCUUUACUCCUUUAUCUCCUUCAGACUUUGACGACGAAAAAGAAGGCCCCGCCGCGAAGAAGGCAGAGGACCUAGUAUCAGAGAACCGCCAGCUUGAGGACUUCCUAAAUGUCGCAGCUAUGGCCAACCUUGCUCAUGUGUACAAGUCUGAAGAAGGCGAAUGGAGCGCGCGGGGUGAACCUACAGAAAUUGCCAUUCAAGUAUUUGCAUCGAGGUUCAACUGGAAUCGCGACCGCUGGACAAAGGGCCAGAAGGUAGUUUGGCAACAGAAGGCGGAAUUUCCGUUCGAUUCGACUGUGAAAAAGAUGUCUGUGAUCUUCAACAAGGCUUCCCUACAAGAUGAUUGCACAAUGGUCUUUACCAAGGGUGCUGUUGAGCGUAUCGUUGAUUCGUGCAUCUCUGUGAACUGGGACCAAGAUUCGUCCACACCCGUGCCAAUGACUGAUGACCACCGCCGAAAGAUCUUUCAGAAUAUGGAGGACUUGGCAAAAUUAGGGCUCCGGGUACUGGCUCUUGCUCAUAGACCGUACACCGGCCAGGCACAAUUGCUUGAGGAUUCUGACCUGGAACGUGAGAGUGUGGAAAAGGAUCUGUGCUUCCUAGGGCUGAUUGGGUUGUAUGAUCCUCCUCGACCCGAGACAGCACACUCCAUUCAGGCCUGCUACCGAGCUGGUAUAGUUGUCCAUAUGGUUACCGGGGAUCACCCUGGCACUGCCAAAGCGAUUGCACAGCAGGUCGGAAUCCUUCCUGCUGAUUUCAGUGCCGUGGCAGCUGAUGUCGAGGAUGCUAUGGUCAUGACUGCUAGUCAAUUUGACAAGCUCUCUGAGGAGCAAAUCGAUGCCCUUCCUACUCUUCCAUUGGUAAUUGCACGCUGUGCCCCUCAAACCAAGGUACGCAUGAUCGACGCCCUUCAUCGCCGUCGUCGUUUUGCGGCAAUGACCGGAGAUGGGGUGAAUGACUCCCCUUCGCUUAAGCAUGCCGAUGUUGGUAUUGCUAUGGGCCAGGCCGGCUCAGAUGUCGCCAAAGAUGCCUCUGAUAUCAUUCUGACUGACGACAACUUUGCUUCGAUUCUGAAUGCCGUCGAGGAAGGUCGUCGCAUCUUUGACAACAUUCAGAAAUUUGUUCUUCACUUGUUGUCAGAAAACAUCGCUCAGGCCUGUACUUUACUCAUUGGGUUGGCUUUUAAAGAUGCUGACAAUCAAUCUGUCUUCCCACUUUCGCCAGUGGAAAUCCUCUGGAGUAAGCAGGGCAUCUUCACAUGGGAGGUAGUGGUUGAUAUUCUGGUUUAUGGCGUCUGGACUGCAGCGCUUUGUCUGGCAGCUUUCUCUGUACGAAUGUGGGGGUUUGGUGACGGCAAUCUGGCCCGUGGUUGCAACAAAGAGUGGUCGGAUGAGAUCACAGACUGCGAAUUGGUCUUUCGAGCACGAGCAACCACAUUUGUGUGUUUGACGUGGUUCGCGUUGUUCCUAGCCUGGGAGAUGGUUGAUAUGCGCCGAUCAUUCUUCCGUAUGCAACCAAAAUCCAAGAAAUACUUCACCCAGUGGAUGUAUGACGUUUGGAGGAACAAGUUUCUUUUCUGGUCCAUCAUGGCUGGAUGGAUCACUAUGUUUCCUAUUCUCUAUAUACCCGUGCUUAACGAUGUUGUGUUCAAGCACAAGCCUAUAACGUGGGAAUGGGGCAUCGUGGCGGUUGAAGUAGUACUAUUUUUCAUCGGUGUCGAAUCCUGGAAAUGGGCUAAGCGGAUCUUUUUCCGUCGCCAAGCCAAGAAAAGUCCAGCUUUAGCCUCUGUGAGAGACGAACCAGAACAGCCCUAA